AUGAUUCAGAAAACUGAGAAUGCACUGUACUGCAUGCUUCAAAUAUCUAUCAAAGAUGGAUAUGCUUACAUCAGAAGACAAUCGACGCGCGUCACCGCGGUGCUGGGUGGCCUGGUGACCGCGCUCGGUUGCCUCUUCACUUCCUUCGCAUCCCAGUUCCACCAGCUUUUCUUUUCGUAUGGAACUGUCAUAGGAGUGGGCGUGGGGCUGACGCGCGACUGCUCCACGCUGAUGGUGGCGCAGUACUUCAAGCGGCGGCGCGAGUUCGUGGAGAUCUUCAUCGUGUCGGGCAGCGGGCUCGGCAUCGCCCUCAUGUCCGUUUUCAUUAACGGCGCCAUCAGCGCCGUGGGCUGGCGCCUGGGACUGCAGGCGGUGACGGGCGCCGUCUUCCUCACCUUCAUCCUGGGCACCUUCUACCGGUCGGCGUCGCUGUACCACCCGCAGCGGCGCGCCAUCCUGCACCUCAAGAACCAGAAGCGCAAGAUCAAGGACAAGAGCCGCCACGACGACCGGCCGCCCUUCUUCGACUUCAGCACGCUGCGCAGCCGCACCGUGCGCAUCCUGCUCGCGCACCAGGUGCAGGAGGACGGGCUGGGCGAGGCGGCCGUGCUGCUGCAGGCCUACCUGGGGCUGGCGUGGGCGCUGGGCUGCGCCGCCUUCGGCCUCGUCGUCGUGCAGAACUCCGUCGAGUGCCGCAUCGCCCGGCAGUACCUCUGCCAGGCGGCCGUGUUCAUGUGCGGGCUGAGCAUCCUGGCGCUGACGGCGGUGCGCGGCUCGUACCCGGGCUACGUGCUGUUCGCGUGGAUCUACGGCAUCUUCUGCGGCGGCUACCACUACUCGCUCAAGAUGUACACGUACGAGCGCGUGCGCGCACGCAACUUCGCGCGCACCUGGGGCUUCGUGCAGUGCUCGCAGGCCAUCCCGGUGGCGCUGGGCGUGCCCAUUUCGGGCUACAUCAACGUGGGGUGCGGCGGCAAGGCCGGCUACUACUUCAGCUCGACGUGCGUGCUGCUGGGCAGCCUGGCGCUGUUCCUGGUGGACCUGCACCGGCGGCGGCUGGAGCGCCACAAGCACACGCGCGCCAACGGCACGCGCCACCUCUGCGUGUCCGAGGCCUGCCCGCAGCGCCGGAAGCUCUCCUUCUCGCAGAACGCCGUUUCAUCAAAUAUAAACACUAUUUCACCAAUAAACCAAUGUUCGAUUACACACAUCACUAAAAAGAAACAACAUUUUACAUAUUGUUUAAGAAAGAACUACAACCUUUUAAAUCUAAAUAACUUCUUCACAAAUUUUUACAAACGUGUACGUAUUUUAUACAAACAACUUUAUAUAUUGCAAUUACGAACAUAUAUUACAGACAUUAAGACAUUAAUCAGUUUAAAUGAUUUUUUAUUUCAUAAUCUGAGCUCUUCAUGGAAUCGAGGAGGGAUUAUGGCUGGAGGAUUUGAGGCUGGAGUCAUUUUUAAAACAUUUCCUUUACGUAACCCUGAAGUUAUAUUGCUUCUUUUCUGCAAAUUUCCAUACUUUUAUAUAAAUUGGUUCUCCGAAAACUACAGUAUAGGAUAUCUUAAAACGUUCCUCAAAGACUCAGAAAAUAAUCAGAGGUUGUCUAGAAAGUUCCCACGUGUGCAUAUUUAUUUCAUGAUUUUAAGAAAUGAAGUUCCUGUCUUAAUGUUACCGAUUUUCGUUUUGUUUUUGGAAACGCAUUUGAUUCGAUAUUUCCUUAUUUGUACGUCUGAAACAUUAAUCAACCUACUGUUCAUGGUUUUGAAUAGAUGCACCGUAUGUUUAGAUAUCAAAUAUUUUAAUCAAAUUAGUUAA